AAAGGAAGAGCACCAUGCUGCGACAAGAACAAUGUGAAGAGAGAGCCACGAAGCCCUCAAGAAGAUCUCGUUCUCAUCACCUUUAUUCAAAAAUAUGGCCAUCACAACUGGAUAUCUCUUCCCAAGCUUGCUGGAUCAAUGAGAUGUGGGAAGAAUUGCCAACUGAGAUGGAUAAACUAUCUGAGACCGGACUUGAAGCGAGGCAACUUUAGCGAAGAGGAGGAAUAUGCUAUCAUUCACUACUAUCAAAAAUUUGGAAACAGUUGGUCAAAGAUCGAGUCCUUCUUGCCUGGAAGAACUGACAAUGAGAUCAAGAACGUUUGGAACACUCAUCUCAAGAAACGACUCAGUACUCCAUCUUCUUCUUCACCCAUCUGUAGCACUCAUAACCAAAGCACAAAAGCAGAUCAAGACAAGAACUGUGAAGGAGCUCACGAAGAAUCGCAUUCAAGGUUAAAUGACAGCCAAGACUCAGCUACUUCGUCUCAUCCCCAAGGCAAGUGUAGCACACAAAAGCAGAGCUUCAUGAGGUUAAUGAAGCUCAACGAGAUCCACUUCCUGUUUGACCAUGAUGACUUUGAUGAUAUAACCUCCGAGUUUGUUCAGAAUAACGAAAUGUUAUUUCCUCUAGAUUCUCUUCUUCAUAACCACCAAACGUACAUUUCAACCACGGGCGGAGUGGCUCGGAAGGUAACCACAUCGCAAUCAUUUUAUCAUCGUCAACCGGAAAUCCCAUGUGGAUUUAAGGACACAAGAAGUAUGUCUAUGAAUGCAUGACCAGUGUUUUCUCUACCUUUAGUUGUUGAGUAUAUUACCAUGUUACAUGGACGUCUGAA